GCAGAUGUCAUGAGAGAAGCGACCACACGACCAGAGCGCAACGACCGACGCACCGAGCCAACUCAACCCGCCUCCCCGCGCCCCGGUCUGGGAUGCUUUUAGCGCAAGAGACGCCUCCACUCAGGGCAGCCUAGUGGACCUCGACGCUGAUCGUCUUCACUCUUUUCGUUGUUGUCAUUUUUGAAACACGAGGACAGCCCCCCCCCAACCACCACCACCACCACGCAACUCCCUCCCCACAUAUCUCCGAGCAUUUAUGUUUCUUUCUUCAUGAGUGCUGCUUUGGGGAGCGAGCCUCAGCACCAGCUCCAUCACGGCCAACACUAUGAGAGCCCAGAUCGAAGUUAUACCCUGCAAAAUCUGCGGAGACAAGUCAUCAGGUAUCCACUAUGGAGUAAUUACAUGUGAAGGAUGUAAGGGUUUCUUCAGAAGGAGUCAGCAGAACAAUGCAGCGUACUCCUGUCCCCGCCAGAGGAACUGCCUCAUCGACAGAACAAACCGCAACCGCUGCCAACACUGCCGCCUGCAGAAAUGUCUCGCCCUAGGAAUGUCAAGAGAUGCGGUAAAGUUUGGCCGCAUGUCCAAGAAGCAACGUGACAGCCUGUAUGCAGAGGUCCAGAAGCACCAAGCGCGGCUGCAGGAGCAGCGGCAGCAGCAGACAGGCGAAGCAGAAGCUCUGGCGCGUGUUUACUCCUCCAGCCUAACCAACGGACUGUCCACCCUUAACCAUGAGAUCGGGGGCACCUACGCCAAUGGUCACGUCAUUGAGCUGCCCAAAGGCGGCCAUGGUAAUGGAGGCGGAGUCCCAGGAGGCUACUAUGGGAUGGAUUCCACCCAGCCGUCUCCAGACCAGUCGGGUUUGGACAUGUCGGGCAUGAAGCACAUUAAGCAGGAGCCCGUGUACGACUUGACGCCAGUGCCCAACCUGCUAUGCUAUGGAGGCUACCAGGACAGUCAGUUGGGGCCCAACAAUGUCAGCAUGGGAGAGCUGGACCGUAUCGCUCAGAAUAUCAUCAAGUCCCACUUGGAGACAUGUCAGUACACAGCAGAGGAGCUGCAGCAGCUAGCCUGGCAGACACACUCCUAUGAAGAGGUCAAGAUGUACCAGAGCAAGCCCCGGGACGUGCUGUGGCAGCAGUGUGCCAUUCAGAUCACCCAUGCAAUCCAGUACGUGGUGGAGUUUGCCAAGCGCAUCUCAGGGUUCAUGGAACUGUGCCAGAAUGACCAGAUCCUCCUGCUCAAGUCAGGUUGUUUGGAGGUGGUCUUGGUGCGGAUGUGCAGGGCGUUCAACCCUCUCAACAACACUGUGCUGUUCGAAGGGAAGUACGGAGGCAUGCAGAUGUUCAAAGCUCUAGGUUGUGACGACUUGGUGAGCGCUGUGUUUGACUUUGCCAAGAGCUUGUGCUCACUGCAGCUGACGGAGGAGGAGAUAGCUCUGUUCUCAGCAGCUGUACUAAUUUCAACAGAUCGGCCAUGGCUGAUGGAACCGAGGAAGGUCCAGAAGCUCCAGGAGAAGAUCUACUUUGCUCUGCAGCACAUUAUGCAGAAGAACCACAUGGACGAAGAUGCUCUGGCUAAGCUGAUCAGCCGAAUCCCAACAUUGUCGGCCCUGUGCACGCUCCACACCGAGGAGCUCCAGGCCUUCCAGCAGCUCCACCCGGAAACAGUCAACGUCCUCUUCCCUCCACUCUACAAAGAACUCUUCAAUCCCGACCCCAACUCUGCCAUGGCCAUGCCCAAGUGACUGCCUGUGGUUCAAAUGCAACAAACGGAGCCAGCACCAGACCAAGAAAAUAAGACCACAGCCACAUCUGACGCCACAGCAGUGUCUGCUAUGUCAUCAUCGUGGCAGCCGAAUAUUCCUGAGCUUCGCCAGCCCCAUGUCAGGCCGGGGGGUGAGGAGUCAUCUGCCAGAAACGUACAGUUACCGCCAACAACAAUAGGAAUGUCCAGCACUUAUCCCAUCCUGUUCACCGAUACAGGCUGAAGAAUGUAUAUAUAAAUGAAACACGCCCCAAGCCACAGACCUGAGCGGGGCUUCCUCCUGUCUACUGAACUGACUGACCUGAAAUGUACAGACUUAAAAAGAUCUUGGAACAAUUUUAAGCUGUCAAUCUUUAAGAAAAAAAAAAUGGUAAGUUAAUUUGAUUUAACUUAAAAACUCUCUUUUGUUUAUAGAUUUUUUUUCACAUGACAACAUUGUGAAGUUGAAGAAGCUGGAUGGGGAAGGGAACGGCCGAUUUAGAGAAGCUAUUGUAGAUAUUAUUCUAGUGCAGAGCGGAUUCCAGUAUUACUUCUUGUUCUGUUAAGUUAGUCCUAAUUUAAAUAUACAGUAGCCUACUGUGGCUGACUAUACCUUGUCUAUGUGUUUUAUUUUAUUUGAUAGUUUCUUGUGUACAGAAUUUGUAAAGUUGAGACUUGUAAAAGAAUAUUGGUUAAAAACUGGGAGCCAAUUUUGGGUUUGUUGAUAUGCAGAAGCCUUGUCUGGAUUUUGUUCAUAUGUAAAGAAGGUACUACAUCCUUCUGACGUGAACCUAUAGAAAUGUAAAAAGAGCAUAUGAAGGAUUUAAAAAGAAAAUAAUGGCUACUACUUUUCAUGGUGGACAUAUAUACAUAAAUAUUCUAUUUUGCAAGAAAAAAGAAUCUGGCAGAUUUGCCGUCCUAUCAAUCAUCUUUUCCUCGCUGCAAUAAUUAUGUCCAAUAAAAGAUGGACUGCUUUUGAACAAUCAACCAGAGCAACCAAUCAGAAACAAGGACCUCACAAUGAACCACACCUAUUACCAAGGUCUCUCCUUCCCCGCCCCUUAUUUCUUAUGUAUCAGGGCCUUGAUAAAACAUUUCAGAUAGAAGUGGACAGAAACUACACCAACAAAAAUGUUUCAACUAUAUAAUAAAAGACAAACUUGAAUUUAACUCACAACGUUCCAAUAUUCAACGUGUGUAUGAGUGCUUUAAUGCCCUCAUCCCUCAAAACACUAUUUGCACAAUCCAGUCCAUGGAUGUCAGUCACUCCGGGCUGUAAAUAUAUGAAGGACCCUUUUCUCUUUCUAAAGAGCAAUAACUUUCACACUGCCUUUCUGAUCUUACUGCUCGUCUUUCCUCCUCUUCCUCCUCUCAGCGGUUUAGAACAGGGUAGCAGUUUUAACUAGAAUGCACUAUAUUUGACUCUUCAUCAUUAAGUAUGUUGAACAAUCAUCUCUGUGGAUGGAUUUGAAUCCACCACAGGAGUGGCACAAUAUGAUCUGGGGUUCACAAUACAAAGCACUGACUGAAAAAAAUGCCAAUUAGCCUCCAAUGAUCUUAAGUAGCAUUUAAAGCUACAAUAUUGCAUUAAGGAUUCAUACAGGAGGAGCUUUGAUAGACAAUCACUUUCUGCUUCUUUUUUUUUAUGCAAAUUCCUAGCAAAUAAUUAUUAGCACUAAGAGACAGACUAAUUGUUUUUGUUGCUUUUUCUACAUUUAAGUUAUGUUGAUUGGCAUCUGGCUGCUGUGUAAAAUAACAUUGGUUUUUACUCGGUUAUUAAUCCAUCUCAUCAUCUCAUCAUCAAUAUCUAAACUAUUCACAAAAAUUGUCAAAACUAUACAAUAUUAGCACAAAUUUAUUCUGCUGGUGUUACAUUUACAGAUUGCUACCAAAACAACCCCAUUUUGUUUUUCUUCUGUGGAACAGCAAACAUCUAGAGCUAUUAAAGCACGACAAGUGUAGAUCUCUGUUCAGUUGUCUGAUGUUUGCAAAUGUUCAUUGCAUAGUGGCCAAAGCUCUAAAUUUCUACUGGCACAGACACAGCCACACCAGUUAUGCAUUCAUUAAAAAAAUGUCUUCUCCAUGUGGAGGGCAAAACGAUGUUGACGGCAUGGGAAACGAGCAUCAAUAUUAAACACGAGGGAUGCGCUCGCAUGCAUCUGUUCCCGGCCGUGUCAGUGAUCCAUUCAUAGGUUCCUUCACUCAACCGCCAUCACAAACCCCAGAUCAGAGGCCAGUGUCUCUUUAAGACAAUCACUUGCUCAUUAAGGCUCGAUGCACUACACAGCAUCUCUCAGGGAGCAGCUCUUUUUCUGACUUUGCAUUAAAAGAGGGUUUAAUAUUUUUGCAAAUUAAAUACAAAUUUAAUUAUACAAGAAUAACUUUUUAGAAGAAACUUGGCAUACUGUGUGCCGCCGACGUAUGCCUGCGAUGGAAUCUGCCCAGACAAGGCUUUGAUCAGUGUGUGUCUGUGUGUAUGUGUGUAUAGAGCAUGAAUUCACUGUCCGAAUCUCUUAAGAGCCCAGACUAUAUGACAAGCACUGUUGCGUAGCACAAGAAAAAAAAACUAUAUAAAUAUAUAAAUACACUGUAUGUCAGUGUGCUCUUGUCACCACGGUACACUCAUGUUUACUGCUUAUUUUGCUGCUUUCGGGACAGUGAGGGACGUCCAAUAGUAAUCUGUGAAUCAAGCGCCAUCACGACACCCCUGGGACAGUGAAUUCCAACUCUGAAUAUGAAGUUCUUGUGUGUGAUGUGUUUAUUUUCCCUUGUUAGACUGUGAAUCAGAGGGGUGGGAUGGGGUUGUGAGAAGGGAUGUGUUGGCAAGAACGAGUGGCAACGCAACACUGUAAGUAAGAUACUGUAGCAAUAAGAACUGGAGGCAUUUACUACUGUCAUGUUUGCAUUGUAAGAUUAUUUUUUAUUUUAUUACUAUUUACUAUUAUUAUUGUUCUUAUUAUGACUACUAUUCUUCUAUUACUAUUAGCCUAUUGUUGUUCUGUUCUAUUUGCAUGACGUUUCAGUACAAUUAAACAUUUGGGGCUAAUUUGUGUUUUCUCUUCUCAUGAUAUUGUGGGUUUGGUGGGAGGGGAUGUUGGCAGGGUGGGCGAUGGGUUUCAGGGCAAAUUCUACAACAGCUCAAAGGAAAAACAUUUUCACUAGCUGAAAGAAUUUUUAAAUAAAAUGCUCUUAUUUAUGCACAAACAAUUUAAAAAUGUGUUGUUGGAUUUGAAAUGUUUUAUCUCUCAACCUCUGAAUGUGAGAGUUGGUUUAACCAGUCAAUGAGCAGCCCCUUUUUUUUUUAACUGGCCUUACUAAACCGGAUCAGUGACCCUUAACCUGCAGCGGGAGGGGAAAAUGUGGGGAGGGUAACCUAUUCUGAAUGUUAUGGAGUAGCCUGUUCAGUGUGAGGGGCUGAACACAUCAUGCGCCUUUACCACUUCAUCGACACAGACUGACAUCAGAGCGCAUAGUAAAACGAGUCGUCAUUUUAUGUGACGGCCCAGGCAAAUUGCGCAAGACAUUUUUAAUACACUUGGUUUUAAAUGCAUUUCUUACACUUAAGUCAAAUACACUUCACCCUAACCUCCUACACCCUCUUCUGAGAAAAUUGGUGUGAAUGUGUGCGUGUGUGUGUGUGUGUGUGAGAGACAAAGAAACAGAGAGAGAGUGAGAUGAUGUUUGCUCUAACAAUGCUUUGUAAACUUUCUUGAUGAAUUACACAUGCGUGCAAUUGGAGUAGUGUUGAAACUGUUAAUUUAUUGUUUAGAAUGUCUUUGCAUCCCAGCAAGAGCAAAUAAAACAAAAAUGUAGCAAUCUGUGACCAAAACCUGAAAGGUGCUUGGGCUACAGAACCUCUUUUACACAGGACUAACGAAACAAAACAAAAACAAUAAACACAAAAAAUGACUUUCUUUUUGUUUUCAAAGUGCCAUAGCUAGUGAGGAGACAAGGGAUUGGCAGACUGGGGCGUAGAUGCUUUACUGUGCAAGUUUACUUAAGAAACCAAUCAAAAAAAAGGGGAACUCCAUUGAAAAUGUGUAUUUGAUUACACUGACAAACUGUUUUUACAUUUCAUGCUUUUUUCAUUUGUUGAGAGGGGGACUCUGCUUGACUCUGAACUCUGACUUUUACUACAUCUCCAUAAGCUCUGCUGUAGAGUUUUCAUUUUCACACAAGACUGAAAGAACACCCACAUAUAAUGGAUCUGGCAGUAAGAGGUUCAGAGCUAUGCAGGGCCCUUUGCUGAGUCCUCCUUUGAGAUGUAUAUACAAUGUGAAGGUCUGAAGUGAUUUUUGUUAAAUUCUAUAUUUUAUCGCUUUUGUAGACAUUUUGUUGUGGGAAGAAAAAAAUAAAAGAAAUUUUAUGGGUGCA